AGAAUUAGACUCAUAAAACUUUAGGAAUUUGAAAUCAUAUAGCCUACUAUGCAGAACACUUCAUUUCUCCUUCCUGCCUCUGCUUGAGCUAAUAACUACAGUUUGUGAUCCAGGCCCCUCCUUAAGGUGGAGUUGACAUAGCUGACGCUUCUGUCUUAGCUGAAACAAGCAAAAGGUUGUGAAUCCAUGCUAAAGGUAAACAAACUGUAACUUAUAUCUGCAGUUUAUUGUGGUACAAAGGAGAGGUAUGCCAGUAGCACACUGGUGGCUUCAGAAGAAAUCCUCAACUCCUGGCUCGCCAGAGAGUCUAUGUAUGGGAUUGAACAGUCUUCAAACUAAAGGAUCCUAAUCAUGAAAAUAAGUAUGAUAAAUUAUAAGUCGCUGUGGGCACUGUUGUUUAUAUUAGCCUCCUGGAUCACUUUUACAGUUUUCCAGAACUCCGCAAAGCUUUGGUCUACUCUAAACUUAUCCAUCUCCAUCCAUUACUGGAACAACUCCACAAAGUCCGUAUUCCCUAAAACAUCACCGAUACCAUUAAAGUCACUAACAGAGACUGAACUCAGAAUAAAGGAAAUCAUAGAGAAACUAGAUCAGCAGAUCCCACCCAGACCUUUCACCCACAUGAACACCACCACCAGCGCCACACACAGCAUAGCCACCAUCCUCAACCCUCAAGAUACAUACUGCAGGGGGGAUCAGCUGGACAUCCUUCUGGAAGUGAGGGACCACCUGGGACACAGGAAGCAAUAUGGUGGGGAUUUCCUGAGGGCCAGGAUGUCCUCCCCAGCCCUGAUGGCAGGUGCUUCAGGAAAAGUGACUGACUUCAACAAUGGCACCUACCUGGUCAGCUUCACUCUGUUCUGGGAGGGCCAGGUCUCCCUGUCUCUGCUGCUCAUCCAUCCCAGUGAAGGGGCAUCGGCUCUCUGGAGGGCAAGGAACCAAGGCUAUAAUAAAAUUAUUUUCAAAGGUAAAUUUGUUAAUGGCACCUCUCAUGUCUUCACUGAAUGUGGCCUGACCCUAAACUCAAGUGCUGAACUCUGUGAAUAUCUGGAUAACAGAGACCAAGAAGCCUUCUAUUGUGUGAAGCCUCAACACAUGCCCUGUGAGGCUCUGACCCACAUGACCACCCAGAAUAGAGAGAUAUCUUAUCUUACAGACAAGGAAAAGAGCCUUUUCCACAGGGUCCAAAGGGGAGUUGAAAUGAUGAAGGUAUCAGAAACAUGUGAUGUCGCUAAUUGUGUCAAGAGUGAAAAAAUAGAAGAGAAAUGCCAAGUUGGAAUGAAGCCUCCUGUCCCUGGUGGUUAUACUUUACAAGGAAAAUGGAUAACAACAUUUUGCAACCAGGUUCAGUUAGACACAAUUAAGAUAAACGGCUGUUUGAAAGGCAAACUCAUUUACCUCCUGGGAGAUUCUACGCUACGUCAGUGGAUCUACUACUUACCCAAAGUUGUAAAAACACUAAAGUUUUUUGAUCUUCAUGAAACUGGAAUUUUUAAGAAACAUUUGCUUCUGGAUGCAGAAAGACACACUCAGAUUCAAUGGAAAAAACAUAACUAUCCCUUCGUCACUUUCCAGCUCUACUCUCUGAUAGAUCAUGAUUAUAUCCCUCGGGAAAUUGACCGGCUAUCAGGUGACAAAAACACAGCCAUCGUCAUCACCUUUGGCCAGCACUUCAGACCGUUUCCCAUUGACGUUUUUAUUCGCAGGGCCAUUGGUGUCCGAAAGGCUAUUGAAAGACUGUUCCUAAGAAGCCCAACCACUAAAGUGAUUAUUAAGACAGAAAACAUCAGGGAGAUGCACAUAGACACAGAGAGGCUUGGAGACUUCCAUGGUUAUAUUCAAUAUCUUAUCAUGAAGGAUAUUUUCAAAGACCUCAACGUGGGCAUCAUUGAUGCCUGGGACAUGACCAUUGCAUAUGACACUAAUACUAUCCACCCACCUGAUCAUGUGAUUGGAAAUCAGAUUAACAUGUUCUUAAACUACAUUUGCUAAGGGAUACAUACUAUACAAAAUCACUAGGCAUCAAUCUCGGCACGUAAUCCCACAUGUAUUGUAAAGUCAGUUUUAUUCAUUUUAGGAACUAAGGAAAAUAAAUUUAAAAGAAUCUUUUUUGGGAGGAAGGCUAUGUAAGGACAAUGACAACUGAUAUGGGAUGCAAAACCAAGAGAAUCAGACAUGUAGAAUGACUAUACCAUGCCUGGUUCUGAUGCUUCUUUAAAAUAUUAAAAAAGUUUUUUAAAAGUCAUGUUAUUAAGCUGAUUUGAAAAUAUCUGUACAUAUUCAUGAUGCUUUCUAUUUCCAAUAUAGAUAUUUCCUAGCUCUGUCUAUUGAAAAGGUCUAGAAGCAAUGAUAACCCAUUAGCAAUAAUCACUCCGAGCACCCUGACUGUGGUCUCUGAGAACCCUUCCUCAACAAAAGAAAACAGGCAUCCUUGAAGGAAAGGCUGAUUCCAGGACUGGAACAGAAAAUAUAUAUACCAUGAGCCUGGACAUCUUGUUAUGCCAGAAAGCAAAUAAUCAAAGACAAAUGGAACCGUAUCAUGGAACAGAGGAGGUAACCCAAAGGAAUCUCUUCCUUGGCCAUAGCUAGAUUUAGCAUCAAAAAGACUAAUGACUGCAGUUAAUUGAAAUACAUAAUAUAUAAAAUCCAUGAGCUCAUAAUAAUACAAAAAGAGACAUGCAAGAAUAAAAGCAAAAUCUCUCAUGUGUCAUAAGUGCAGUUGGGUAAACCCUUAUUUUGAAAAUUGGCAACAAAAGGCCAUUUUUGGCCUUUUGUGAACAUUUAUCCUCUUUCCUCUUAAAGAGAAAAUCAAUAACCCUAAUAGAUAAGGGAAAUUUCUUCUUUUUGGAAGAAUUACAGCUAAUGAAUACAGAAAGAAUGACAGAAUUAGGAAAUCACCAUUUAAAUACUUCUACUUAAAUAAGUAAGUAAAGCAGAGAUCAUCAGUGAAUGAACUUUUUUAAAAGUUUGAUUGGAACUUUACUAUGGAUAUAGCAGGCUGUCACUUCUGAAUCUGCUGCUCAAACUUAGCUUUAUUAACAGCAGAACAACCUGUAUUAUGUCCUACAUGAUUUGAUGCAAUGUAAAGUAUACAACACCACCUAUGAAGCAGUAUUCUUGCAAUGCUUUUUACUCUAGAUCAUCUCAUCCAAUGACUCCAAAAUUUUUAUUUUCAGCUUUCUAGUCUAAUGCCAACUUUACAUGAGACAUCUCCACUUACACUUGACAGACCUCAAAUACAGCAUGUUAAUGCCAAAAGAAAUAUCUCCUCUCUAUCAAAUUUUCACCUCUUUCUGUGUUCCAUUUCUUGAUCAAUGAUAAUAGUAUCCACCUAGUUUUCAAAGCUGGAAAAUCAUAUUUUGUUUAAGUAAACAAUUAUUGGCAUCUAUCCUGUGCCACAUGCUAUGUUAACCAAUUUUGAUACAAAGGAACAGGGCAAAAUGACUAUCAUCCUCAAUCUUGUGGAGAAGACCAAGCAGGUAGAUUCAAAGUAAUGCAGUAUCACAAGAGUCAAGAAGUUAUAGAAACACACCCACAAACAAAACCUGAACUCUGGGAUAGAGAGAUGCUAUCAAGUUUUAUAGAGGAAGUAUUACCUGGACUCAUUCAUGAAGAAUGAGAGAGUCAAGUUGACAAGGAAGGAAGGAGAGAGAGAAGUGGGACAAACUUGUUGAAAAAAAGGCUCAUUCAGGAAAAGGCAAGAAUUACGAACCUUUAGUGACACAAAACAAUGAGAAAAAAGUGGGGAGGCAGCACCCAAAUGAUGAAGGAUUUAUAUGACAUGCUAAGAAAUGUGGGCUUUAAUCUUAAAAGUAGUGGGGAGUGGUUAAAGAACCAUAAUACAGACAGGACAUGAUUAGAUCUGCCUUUCAGAAAGAGAAAUGAGGCAAGAUAUUUAGAACUAUGGCCAAUGUGGCAUAACGGAAAUAAGAUAGAGAUUGAGGUCAGACCUGGUUUUGAAUUCCAGUGUCUUCAUUUGUCAACUCAGCCAAUUUAGGAAUUUAAUCUCUGAACUUCAAUUUCCUCAAUGUUAACUUCAAAGAAUUAAAUUAGAUGAUAUAUGGAAAAUGUUUACCUAGUUCUAACACAUGGUAUUAUUCAAUAAUUUUUCCCUCGAGGCAGCUCAAUUAGAAGUUUCAAUGAUACCCGCAAAUUGUACACAAAUAACUUGAAGGAGAAUCCCAACAUUCACUGAAGAAAAUAAAGGGGAAGAAAGGUAUUGGGGAAAAGGGUAAAAUGAAUUUAGGUUUUAGUUAAAUGAGGUGGAGGUUUCCAUACAAAUAUCAAAAUGCAAUGUCCUGUAGAUAGAAUAUGAGUCUCAAUUCAGGAGCGAGGUCUAUAAGAAAGAUGCUCAAUUUGGAAGUCAUCAGUAUAUAUAGGUGGCUGCUAAAAAUGAGGAGAUGUUAAUAUUUUCUCACACACAAAGGGAGCUCUUGUACACUCUUGGUGGGAUGUAAGCUGGUACAGCCAUUAUGGAAAACAGUAUGGCAGUUCCUCUAAAAACAGAACU